GCUCUCGCUCCACCCAGAGUGCCAAUGGAAUUGCACGCUGGCAACCGCGAGCGACUCGUCGCUGCGCUCCGUGCCCAUCUCUCCGCCUCCACCCGCCCUCUCCGUGGCCUUGUCCUCCUCCAGGGCGGCGAGGAGCGGACUCGUGACUCUACCGAUCACGUCGAGCUUUUCAGGCAGGAGAGCUACUUCGCCUAUCUCUUCGGCGUGCGAGAGCCCGGCUUCUAUGGCGCAGUCGACAUUGCCUCCGGGCAGUCCAUCCUAUUCGCUCCAAGGUUGCCACCUGCCUACGCUGUCUGGAUGGGUCAAAUAAAACCAUCGUCUUAUUUCAAGGAUAUGUACAAGGUUGACAAGGCCUUCUAUGUUGAUGAGCUUGCACAGGUUUUGCAAAAUCAGUUCAGUGAUGAGCGUGGGAAGCCUCUUCUUUUCCUCUUACAUGGAAAGAGCACCGACAGUGGAAAUUACUCGAAACCUGCUAGCUUUGAAGGCAUGGACAAGUACUUCGACACCGACUCGACCACGCUUCAUCCUAUCAUAACUGAGUGUCGUGUUAUAAAGUCUGACAUGGAGCUUGCCGUCCUUCAGUACGCUAAUGAUGUUAGCUCGGAAGCACACAUUGAGGUUAUGAGACAAGCAAAACCAGGAAUGAAGGAAUUUCAAUUAGAAAGCAUCUUUCUUCAUCACGCUUACAUGUACGGAGCCUGCCGACAUUGCUCCUACACUUGUAUAUGUGCUACCGGAGAGAACAGUUCUGUACUACAUUAUGGACAUGCUGCAGCUCCAAAUGACCGAACACUAAUGGACGGAGACAUGGCUCUGAUGGACAUGGGAGCUGAAUACCAUUUCUAUGGCUCCGACAUCACAUGUUCAUACCCUAUAAAUGGGAGAUUUAACAGACACCAGACGGUAGUAUACAAUGCUGUCCUUGAGGCUCAUAAUGCCGUUAUAUCACACAUGCGCCCGGGAGUAAAAUGGAUUGAUAUGCACAAGCUGGCAGAGCAAAGAAUAUUGGAAUCUUUAGAGAAAGAAAACAUCAUCCAAGGUGAUAUUGGCGAUAUGAUGGCUCGAAGGCUGGGAGCUCUUUUCAUGCCUCAUGGUCUUGGACACUUACUUGGAAUUGACACCCAUGAUGUUGGAGGCUACCCUGAAGGCUCGGAGAGGCCAAAGGAGCCAGGACUAAGCGCCUUGCGAACCAUUAGAGAACUUAAAGAAGGGAUGGUUAUUACUGUCGAACCAGGCUGUUACUUCAUUGAUGCUUUGCUGGGGCCCGUUAGAGAUGACCCAAUUUCCUCAAAGUUCUUCAAGUGGGAAGAGAUUGAAAAUUAUAAAAGGUUUGGUGGCGUUCGUAUUGAGAGUAAUUUGUAUGUGACGGCCCGAGGAUGCAAGAACAUGACAAAUUGCCCAAGAGAGACCUGGGAAAUCGAAGCGGUGAUGGCUGACGCGCAUUGGCCUUUGCGAGCAUCCUCGUCAAGGCCUGUGGCGUCGGCCAGCACAUCAAGCUCGGCGAUCCUGGUCAGCAGUGCGACUUUCUCAGCCUUAGAAUCCCUUCGAAGGUUCUGA